AUGUCCGUGUUCCAGGUGAACGGGGAGAAGAAGGAGAAGAAAAGCAAGAAGAAAUCCGCCACCAGCAGCGAUGAGGAGGACGAUUCUGACUCCAGCACCAAACCCAUCAGGUCGGAGAAGAAGAAAAACCCGGUGUCCCUCUUCCAGACCGGUGGGGACCCCCCCAAGGAGAAGAAAACCAAAAAGAAAGGUGAGAGCCGGGGAAUUGGGAGCAAGGAGCAAUUAGCUGGGAAAGGAGGGGAGCUUUUGACAGGUUUGGCUUUGGGGUCACCAUCCCCUCUCGUGUUGCAGCCGAAGGAGGAGAGGCCCCCGUCGCCCAUCAUCGAGGUGGACAACCUGGAGGAGUUCGUGCUGCGGCCGGCAGAGCAGGGGGUGACCGUCAAGUGCCGGGUGACGCGGGACAAGAAGGGGAUGGACCGGGGGCUUUACCCCACCUAUUACCUCCACUUGGAUAACGACAAGAAGGUGUUCCUGCUCGCCGGGAGGAAGCGCAAGAAAAGCAAAACCUCCAACUACCUCAUCUCCAUCGACCCCACCGACCUGUCGCGGGGGGGAGAGAACUUCAUCGGGAAGCUGAGAUCCAACCUGAUGGGUACGAAGUUCACGGUGUUCGACAAUGGCGUGAACCCCGACAAGGCCAACGCUGACUGGUCCAACGUGCGGCAGGAGCUCUCGGCCGUGGUCUACGAGACUAACGUUUUAGGGUUCAAAGGCCCCCGGAAGAUGACGGUCAUCAUCCCUGGGAUGAACGCUGACAACGAGAGGGUGCCCAUCCGGCCCCGAAACGAUAACGACGGCCUCCUGAUGCGAUGGCAGAACAAAAACAUGGACAACAUGAUCGAGCUGCACAACAAGGCUCCAGUGUGGAACGACGAGACCCAGUCCUACGUCCUCAACUUCCACGGCCGGGUCACCCAUGCCUCCGUCAAAAACUUCCAGAUCGUGCACGGCAGCGACCCCGACUACAUCGUGAUGCAGUUCGGGCGCGUGGCGGACGACGCCUUCACCAUGGACUACAACUACCCGCUCUGCGCCGUGCAGGCCUUCGCCAUCGCCCUCUCCAGCUUCGACGGGAAGCUGGCCUGCGAGUAG